AUGUGUUUGUCUCGUGAGGCUACACAACAGUGUUUCAAGGAGUAUAUAGAUCAGUGUAUUGAGGAAUUUUGUGUGGCUCAAGAGCAGCGUAUCGCACUACUUCAUGAGGCUCAAGAGCGGCAUUUCCAGCAGCUUGAAUGUCGUAUCAAAGAGUGUCGUGCUGAUGCAUAUUACCGGAUAAAAAAGUUUUGUGCGGAGGCAGAACAACGUAUCAAGGAGUGUCGCGCGGAGGCAUACCAGCUUAUCAGGGAGUGUCGCGCAGAGUAUCGUGCGGAUGCAGAACAAUGUAUCAAGAAGCUUCGUGCAGAUGCAGAGCAACAAUGUCCCGUUUGCAAAGGCGUUGUUGGGGAAGAGAAAUUGGUUCCUCUUUAUGGUAAAGGAAGAUCGGUAACUGAUCCAAGAACGAAGAUUCCUCCUCUGCCUUCCGACAUUCAUACGUUGUUUGGGAGCUUAGAGCAAAUGCGUUUGUCUCGUGAGGCUACACAACAGUGUUUCAAGGAGUAUAUAGAUCAGUGUAUUGAGGAAUUUUGUGUGGCUCAAGAGCAGCGUAUCGUACUACUUCAUGAGGCUCAAGAGCGGCAUUUCCAGCAGCUUGAGUGUCGUAUCAAAGAGUGUCGUGCUGAUGCAUAUUACCGGAUAAAAAAGUUUUGUGCGGAGGCAGAACAACGUAUCAAGGAGUGUCGUGCGGAGGCAUACCAGCUUAUCAGGGAGUGUCGCGCAGAGUAUCGUGCGGAUGCAGAACAAUGUAUCAAGAAGCUUCGUGCAGAUGCAGAGCAACAAUGUCCCGUUUGCAAAGGCGUUGUUGGGGAAGAGAAAUUGGUUCCUCUUUAUGGUAAAGGAAGAUCGGUAACUGAUCCAAGAACGGAGAUUCCUCCUCGGCCUUCCGACAUUCAUACGUUGUUUGCGAGCUUAGAGCAAACGCGUUUGUCUCAUGAGGCUACAGAACAACGUUUCAAAGAGUAUAUAGAUCAGUGUAUUGAGGAAUUUUGUGUGGCUCAAGAGCAGCGUAUCGCACUACUUCAUGAGGCUCAAGAGCGGUAUUUCCAGCAGCUUGAGUGUCGUAUCAAAGAGUGUCGUGCUGAUGCAUAUUACCGGAUAAAAAAGUUUUGUGCGGAGGCAGAACAACAGCAGCGUAUCAACGAAAUUCGCGCGGAGUGUCGCGUGGAGACUGAGCAGCGCAUUAAGGAGUGUCAUGCGGAGACUGAGCAGCGCAUCAAGGAGUGUCGUGUAGAGUAUUGUGCGGCUGCAGGCCAGCGUAUCAAAGAGUGCCGAGAGGAGGCAGAGCAGCAAUGUCCCGUUUGCAAAGGCGUUGUUGGGGAAGAGAAAUUGGUUCCUCUUUAUGGUAAAGGAAGAUCGGUAACUGAUCCAAGAACGAAGAUUUCUCCUCGUCCUUCCGACAUUCAUACGUUGUUUGCGAGCUUAGAGCAAAUGCAUUUGUCUCGUGAGGCUACACAACAGUGUUUCAAGGAGUAUAUAGAUCAGUGUAUUGAGGAAUUUUGUGUGGCUCAAGAGCAGCAUAUCGCACUACCUCAGGAGGCUCAAGAGCGGCGUUUCCAACAGCUUGAGUGUCGUAUCAAAGAGUGUCGUGCUGAUGCAGAUUACCGGAUCAAAAAGUUUUGUGCGGAGGCAGAACAACGUAUCAAGGAGUGUCGGGCAAAGGCAGACCAACUUAUCAGGGAGUGUCGCGCAGAGUAUCGUGCGGAUGCAGAACAACGUAUCAAGAAGCUUCGUGCGGAUGCAGAGCAGCGUAUCACUGAGUUUCGCUCGCUACAUCAUCGUUCUCACCCUCAAGAAUGUCCCGUUUGCAAAGGCGUUGUUGGGGAAGAGAAAUUGGUUCCUCUUUAUGGUAAAGGAAGAUCGGUAACUGAUCCAAGAACGGAGAUUCCUCCUCGUCCUUCCGACAUUCAUACGUUGUUUGCGAGCUUAGAGCAAACGCGUUUGUCUCGUGAGGCUACAGAACAACGUUUCAAAGAGUAUAUAGAUUAG